AUGGCUGCUAUAUCUGAAGAAUAUAUAAGUUCAUUAUUGCAAAAAGUAACGUCUGCGCACAGUGUACAAACUUGGCGAUAUACUUUAGAAAAGUUUGAAACUGUCGGUCAGAACUAUUUUGGGAUCAUCCUUCCUGUUGUGUUAUAUGGUGAAAGAGAUGGAAAAAACGUUCAAAUAGAAAUAGUUUUAAAAUUGGCUCCAACAGACGAACGGUACCGUAUCAGCGGAGCGGUGACGCUAAUGUUCAGUAGAGAAAUUUACGUUUACGAUACUCUAUUAAAUACUUACCAAAAAGUUCAAGAUAAUUUUCCAGCAAACCUACAGUAUGUUAUACCUCGGUGCUACUACUUGCAGAAAGAAUAUUGUAAAGAAGCUAUAGUUAUGCAAAACAUGUAUGCGGAAGGCUUUAGACCUUACAGUCAUGAAAUGUUUCUCGAUGUUGACCAUAUAAUAAUAGCAUUAAAGUCUUUAGCUAAACUUCAUGGCUUAUCAUUCCUUCUUGAAUAUAAACAUCCUGAGCUAUAUAAUGAUAUAUCUAAAGUCUGUGUGCCGUUAACGGAGGAAUCAGGUAAGCGGUACAUGGAAAUAAUGAAGGACAGAUUGAAUAAAGCCAUUAAAAAGUUUGAAGGUACAGAAUAUGUUCCACUAUUACAAAGGCUGAACCACAAUUGUUCAACAUUUUUUAAGUUGGGGGCCACAUCUGUUCAGAGAACUUGUAUUUGUCAUGGAGAUAUUUGGAAAGAAAAUAUCUUAUACAGAUAUGAGGAUAACAAACCAGCAACAGCUUGCCUGAUAGAUUACCAAAAUACCCGGAUAUCUUGCUCUGCAUACGACACACUCUAUCUCAUUCUCAGCAGUACUAAUACAGAUGUGCGCAGAAAGCAUUAUUACCAACUUCUGGAUAUUUAUUAUGAUACAUUUCAAGAAAUGUUGAAAGAAGGUGGUUUAGAAUCAGAACAGGUAUAUUCAAGACAAAUGUUAGACCAUGAUCUAAAAGUUAUAGCACCUGCUUGUGUGAUCACUGCUAACUGUGCUUUGUGGUUAUCUUCGGGCUUACAAGAAGAGGGCCAUGUAAGAAGUAAGAUUACUUGGUCUACCCCAGAAGAGAAAGACAAAGCGGUAAAUAAGUACAGACAGAUUGUAAGAUCUAUUAUAGAUGAUUGUUGUAAUUAUGGCUACAUAUCAUUAAACUGUGAUGAUCAUUGA